AUGUCCCUAAAACCACCGUCCGUCCCGCAUGCCGACGAAGACCACGAUGUCGACUUGGACCUAACCAUCCGCUUUUCCGCCUCCCUCCCCGAUCUCCUCCUCACGAUCCCUUGCUCACUGCACGCCAAUACAGCGACCCUGAAGCAAUUGAUCCGCUCCCGUCUCCCAGACGAAUAUGCGACACGACGUAUCCGCCUGAUCUACUCUGGGAAGGCCCUUGUUGACGACGUCCCACUUAGUGCAUCUCUCAGACGGAACGUGAGCAGGCCGACUUCACGCAUCGGCACGCCAGGGCCCUACCAUGGAUCCCCCAAUAGCAAGUCGAAUGGCGGCGCAGCGCAAAAGGACAAGGACAGAACCCGGGACAAUGGGAAAGGCAAACUCGCUGUGCGCGAUCCACCCGCCCAGUCGCGCAUCUACAUCCACUGUUCGAUCGGAGAUAUCGUGCUCUCCCCCGCCGAACUAGCUGCCGAAGCCACCUGCGCUCAGAACGGUGCGUCGACACAGAAUGGCGAUGGAGAACAAGAUGUGUAUGACAAGGGAAAAGGGACCAGCACUGCUGCCACCGGUGGGGUGCCUCCAACAACCACGACUCCAGCGCCCCGAGGAUUCGACAGGCUGUUGAAUGCUGGCUUCACCCCGGCGGAGGUCCAAUCUCUUCGGCUCCAGUUUCUAGCCAUCCAGGCGCACACGCACACUCCCGACACGAUGCCGAGCCCGAACACGCUACGCGACAUGGAAGAUCGAUGGCUCGACAGCUCGGACACGGCGGGAGGAGAUCCAGGGACAUUGGGCGAUGGACCUGGUGGUUUCGGCACAGGUGCAGGGGCCGGGGACGAAGACACGCAAGUUGGGGCGCUGGAUGAUAUGAUUUGGGGGACUGCAAUGGGCUUCUUCUGGCCAAUCGGCUGUCUUAUGUGGGGAGUGCGCGAGGAAGGCAUCUGGAGCCAGCGGCGCAAGAUGGCAGUCAUGGUUGGCUUCAUGUUGAAUAUCGGAUUGGGCAUCAUUAGAUAUACAGGGUAG